AUGGAACAAAUAAAUAUAGAUCAAAUGAACCCUGAAAAGGGUAAAAAUGAUGGAGGAAAUUUUAAAGUUCAAGUUGAUGAUAUUAAUAAUAUUGAUAAAGAAUUUAGUGAUCUACAGAAAUUAAAAAUGAUGAAUGAAGGUGCUGAAAUGCAGAUGAACCAAAACUCAACUCUUGACUCACAUGAAAUGGAACAAGAAGAAAUAAACAACAGAUCAAUUUUUGUUGGAAAUGUUGAUUAUUCAACACAACCUGAAGAACUACAAUCAUUAUUUUCAGAAUGUGGUUUAAUAAAUAGAGUAACAAUUUUAGUAAAUAAAAAUACUGGUCAUUCUAAAGGAUAUGCAUACAUUGAAUUUGCUGAUGCAUCUUCUGUUCGAACCGCUUUAUCUUUAUCUGAAUCAUUUUUCAAAAAAAGACAAAUUAAGGUUUGUAGUAAGAGAAGAAAUAUACCAGGAUUUAACCGCCCUAAAAUUAAUGCAUAUAGAGGUCGAGCAAUGAAAACUACUUUAAAUACAAGAGGAAGACUUAGACAACCUACAUUUAGACCCUUUUAUAGAGGAAGAGGCGUUUAUAAAAAAAUUAUUACAAAUCCAUAUGAAAGGACCUAA